UCGUUUCCAAAUAUUGGCAAGAAAGCGUCUAUAUUUUUUUUAAAGAGUUGAUACAUGACAAGUAAAUUCAUUCACUGUUGUGUUUUUGUCUGGAGUUGAAAGAUGUGGAUUUGGAAGCUCAGCUCGGCCUCAUAUGGCACUCAGAAACGUCAGGAUUGGAAUCUUUGCCUUGUCUGCUAGCCAGAAGCUGAACAGGACCAGCAUUAAAUGCCACAGCUACAAGAGCUGGUCAGGGGAUUGACAUUCUGCGGACCAAGUCAGGAGUGUAACGAAAUACUCUCCACUUGCCUGGAUUGGUGCAGUUCAGAGAACACUCAAGAGGCUUGACAUAGACCUGGACAAAGCAGAAUGCUUGAUUGGCAUCACUUCCGCUAUCUUCAACAUCCACUGUAUUCACCACCAACACAUAAUGGCAGCAGUGUGCACCAUCCACAAGAUGCAUUGCAGUAACUCACCAAGGCUCCUCCAGAGGAACCUUCCAAACUGUGACUUCUAACACAUGGAAGGACAAGGUCAACAAAUAAAUGAUAACACCAUGUUUAUGAGAAUAAUAAGCAUGGCUGUCACUGUAUGCUUCACAAAGCUGGAGACCUGGUUCCUGCUUGUCACCUUCAUUGGUGCAGGUACUGUCAGCGUUUCUCCAGAGAACUGCAGUUACAUGACACUGAAUUCAGCAGUUCUUCACCUCGGUGAUCCUUUAUCAGCCACUUGCCAGUUGAAAAGUGAAGACUGCACUUUUGAUUACAGAAUGAAUGCAACCAGCAUAGUCUGGCGAAUGAAUGGGGAAGAGGUUUCCAGGAGUCAGUACCGUGCAUUGAAUGACAGAGUGUCAACAGUAUUCAUACCCCGAUUCAGUCGACUGAAAGGGAACCUGACUUGUUACAUCUGGUAUAGCGAGUCGCUGCAGCUACUUCAAUGGGCUGAGGUUAGAGCGGGAUUUCCUCCAAAGCGGCCACAUCUUUCAUCCUGCAUCUCUCACUGGACUUCAUUUUUGACACAAAGCAUGAUUUGUAAUUGGGAUCCAGGACCCGAAACAUAUCUAGAAACGAGCUUCACACUAUAUAUAUCUGAAAUGAUUGGGAACUGCACUGUAAAAUAUUUAGACCCAAGGAAUUGUACUACAAACAAAACUAAAAAUUCAUGUAUGGUAUUUGUUUCGAAUUUGGCUUCUUACCAUGACAUCUGGGUGACUGCGACAAAUGAGCUUGGCUCCGAGACAUCCAGCCACAUGUGCCUUGAUGGCAUGCUAAUAGUAAAGUUCAAAGCUCCUCGAAUAAUUGCAGUGAAGCCAGACCCAGAGCAAAAUGGUUGUUUACUUGGACAAUGGAAGAUGCCAUUUGAAAUGGUUACUCACAGUAAAGCUGUUUUCGAAAUCCAAUACAAAGCACUGGAUGAAGACAAAUGGACCCAGAUUCCUUUAACAGUAGUAAAUAGUACAUUCUUCAAACUGUGCAGUCUCCUACCUUAUACUGAGUACCAGCUGAAGAUUCGUUGUAAGCAGAAAACUGAAAUUAGUCCAUGGAGUGAAUGGAGUAAUGAAAGUACAGGCAUUACAUCAGAAUGCGCUCCAGCUCAAAAAUUACAAAUUUGGAGAAGCAUUGAGGCCCUUGAUGCAAAUGGAACUCGUAGAGUCCGUCUAAUGUGGAAGCCACUGGAAAAGAGUGUAGCAAAUGGAAAGAUUUUGGGUUACAGGAUCCACCUGCAUGAACCUGGGAUUCAAGUGUACAACACGUCAAACUUAGAGUGCAGUUUCCAACUGCCUGAUGGAAACUACAAAAUCAAAGUGGCUGCUUACAACUCUGUGGGAGAAUCUCCAGAGGCUCACAUCAUCAUUCCCUCAUCGAAUGAAUUAGAGUUUCCGCCACUGUCCCAUCUUGUUGCUUCUUCAAAUGGCAACACCAGCUUACUAAUGCAAUGGAAGCCUCCCAACAUGACAACAACUGGUUAUGUGCUCGAAUGGUGUGUGGUGUCUGAGAAAAUUGCCUGUAAUAUCAACUGGAAAAAUGUACCUGCUAAGAAUACAGAAGCAAUUGUACAAGACAAUAUUGAGCCAAUGCGCCUCUACAACAUUUUGCUUUACCCACUUUUUGAUGGUUUACCAGGUGUUCCAACAUCUACUCAGGCAUAUUCAAAAGAGGGUGCCCCGCGACGGAGUCCUGAAAUUAGAACGAAGCAAAUCUGGAAAACCAAAGUACGGCUCGAGUGGGAUGAACUUCCAAUUGAUGAUCGGAAUGGCUUUAUCAGGAACUACACCAUAUUGUAUAAAAAUAAGAAUGACAAGAUGAAUUCUGUUGCAUUAAAUGGAUCCAUACAAGAUUAUAUGAUUGCUGGUCUGAUAGCAAACACAGAGUAUGAGAUCAACAUCAUGGUCUCCACUGAUGGAGGAAGUACCACUGGUUCCAACUUGACUAUCACUACCAAGAUGUUUGAUGAUGGGGAAGUUGAAGCCUUCCUGAUGGUCACGUUUUUACUCUCUCUGUUGACAGCACUGAUUUUUAUAGCCGUGUGCAUCUAUCAGCGACACAGAAUUAAGAAACAUUUUUGGCCAAACAUUCCAGAUCCUGCCAAUAGCACUCUCGCUCAAUGGAUGCCAAAGACAUUAAGGGAGGAAGUUAAGGAGCUUAAAGAGGAGCUAAGUCCGAAGACUCAGAUCCAGGUUGUCCAUUGUGGUAGCUUGACCAAAGCCAACAUUGGUAGCACCAAUUACUGCUUGAUGCAGGAGAUGAAACAUGGACAAUAUCCAGUACCUGAGACCAGCUGCUUAAACAAAGCAAACAGCAGCACCAAGCAAUCACUACAGGUCCACAACUCCUGGCAAAACGUGUCAAAUCUGCAAGAAGGUUUCCAGAAGCACUACAUUGUCCUGGAGUGUAAUGAGAUGAACACUAAUGAAUACAAGAAACACGUGAUUCCAACACUUGCUGUUGUUCCAUCAGACUCCAGUCAGCCUUUUUUCACCGGUUUAUCUCAAAUCAUUCCUGGCGAAGAACAAAAGGGAUUAUCACUAUUUCACUAUACCCCAGACCAUAUCCAUGCUAAAACACUGCAGGAAUCAAAUGAUGCAAUAAAUGAACGGGAACUGUUACAAGGCUUUCCAUUUUUAAUGAAUUUAAAUGUUGGUUAAAGUCCUGGUGUGUACAAAACUGAAUAUAUUGUGAUGCACAAGAUGGGCCAAAGCAUCUGUGCCUUGCUCAUAUGUUUGUGUAAGGACUACUACAACUUGUACUUGUGUGGCACCAUUUGCAUAGUAAAACAUCCCAACGUGCUGAAGGGGGAUAAUCAAACAAACUUUGACACAGAGCCGCAUAAGGUCCAUGUUAGGUCAAGUGAUCAAAUACUUGGUCAAAAGGGGCAGAUUUUAAACAAUCUCUUUGAGGCGGAGAGAAGUAGAGAGUUGGAGAGGUUUAAGUUCAGAAUUCUUGUGCUUAGGGCCAACGGAGCGUUAGUGCUGGAAUAAUUAAAACCGGAGUGCAGUUACCCUGACAGGUUGCAGGCUGGAGGAGGUUACAGAAGUGAGAGUAGACAUAACACAAGCAUUACUAUCAGUUAACACUAUGCUUUAAAGAUUUUAUUUUAGUCAAAAUGCCUGUUUCAAUUUUCAGUGGCAGUUUUCCCCAGGAUGCAAACCAUAGUGCAUUUUAUCUAUUCUACUAUCUGACAGAAAACCAAAGGCCACUUUUUUCUUGAACAAAUAAUCAAGGUUGGCGAAGGUGAGACUGAGUUUUAACCCUUUGUUUUUUUAAAAUGUCGAAUAUGUUAAUACUGAAAGGUGUAACAGAUUCAAUUUGCCAUUUCUUCUGCUCCUAGUUUUAAAAAUAAUUGUCUUCUUAUAAACUGGAACUUUUCAGUAUUAAAAAUUCUCCUGUGUCUGUGUAGAAAAUCGUUAUCAUUGUACUAAAAUCCCAGCAGUUUCUAUCAUGUUGUAUUCCUGUUCCUUGCGGUUUUUCACCAUUCAUUAUUAAUAUUGUUUGUCAGCCUCUUUUGGUUCUAUAAAGUCUCAAUGGCUUUGGUAUUUUUGACCUUAUCAUUAUCAUAGAGUCCCUACAGUUUGUAAACUCAGCUCAUCAAGUCCACAUUAACCCUCUGAAGAGCACCCCACCUAGACACACCCCCUACCCUAACCCUGCAUUUCCAAUGGCUAACCCACCUAACCUGUGCAUCCCUGGACACUAUAGGGGCAAUUUAGCAUGACCAGUCCUUCUUGCACAUCUUUGGACUGUGGGUUGAAACCAGAAUGAACCCAAGUAGAUGUGGGGAGAAUGUGCAAACUCUACACAGACACUCGCUCGAGGGUUGAAUCAAACCCAGGUUCCUGGCGCUGUGAGGCAGCAGUGCUAACCAUUGAGCCGCCAAGCUGCACAACUCUCAAUUAUGACCAACUCUUGUGCGCUGUUUCUCUCAUAUCUCCUUUUCUGAAGAUUAAUGUUCCUGUCAUGUUGAAUGUGAGGGAAAUGGGUGGUGCAAACAUAAAACUUUCAUCAGAGGACCAGAUUUCAGGAUUGUCCAUGUGUUCUGCCUAGCACCAGUCAGCUGGCUGGACUAAACUUGGUGGUAACACUACCUGCCUUCAUAAUGAAGAACAAUGCAAACAAAAGAAAACACACAGGAAAUUGAACAAAAUAACCAAUGUGAAUCUAUCAUAACUUCCUAAGGUUAACUAGGUAUGGACUCAAAGAGGAUUCAUUUUGAGGAUUUUUAAAAAAAUUCAUUCACAGGAUGAGGGCAUCGCUGGCUAAGCCAGCAUUUAUUGCCCAUCUCUAUUUGCCCAGAGGGCAGUAAAGAGCCAACCAGACUGUUGUGGGUCUAGAGACACAUGUAGACCAGACCAGGUAAGGAUGACAAUUACAUAUAGAUUCUGAGAGUAAUCAGACAGGGCUAAAACACAAAUGAUGGGCCCAAUAACCUCCUCUUGUGCUACAGGAUUUUGCAAUACUCUCUGAAAAAAAACUGUAGGCUAAGGAAAGAUGUGACAGUAAACUUACAUAAGGCUGAAAAGUUAGAAGUUGAAUUGGUUUAUAAAAAUAGAUGAUAGAAUAUGUGAUGACAGAAAUAAAGAUACGAUUUAAAAUUCAAAGUGGAAGAAGACAAUAAACAAUGACAUUACCUAUUUAAUAAUGUGAAUAUUGUAACAGGAAUUAGGACCCAGUUGUUAACUAUUGAUAUUGUUGCAAGUAGAAACUGUGAAUUUGAUAUUUGUAAAUAAUUGAGAUACCCUGGUAACUGCAUUACACACUAAUUAUUUAAUUGUGUCUGAAGAAUAUUAUUGUGUAUGGAAAAUGCAUUAAGUUAAACUCUUUCUGUGCUACAGCUUUGAUUGAAUUGCAGAUAUUAGGAUCAACCAUCUCCAUACUUUCAACUUAUUAGCACCUGUUCCUUAUAUACUUAAUACAAAUGUACAUUUUUAGUUGAAAUUAUAGAUACUGCUGAUCAAUCUAUUCAGAAAUAUUAGGACAUACAUAUACAGCAGGUGAAACUUAAACCUUGCCCCCACCCCAGUCUAAAGGAAGAGAUAUUGACACUGUGCUCCUAGGACUCCCCAACUGAAGUAUUUAAAUAUGUGCACACUGCCUCCACCAAGUGGCCAAUAUAAGUAGUUCCAUUGACCGUUUCAUAGACAAUCAGAUAAUCCCUACAGUGUGAAAACGGGCCCUUCGGCCCAACAAGUCCACACCGACUGUCAGAGCAUCCCACCCAGACCUGUCUCCCUAUAACCCUUCUAAAUCUACACAUCUCUGAACACUCCAGGCAAUUUAAUGUGGCCAAUCCAACUAGCCUGCACAUCUUUGGACUGUGGAAGGAAACCCAUGCAGACAUGGGGAGAAUGUGCAAACUCCACACAGACAGUUGCCUGAGGAUGGAAUCGAACCCAGGUUCCUGGCGCUGUGAGGCAGCAGUGCUAACCACUGAGCCACCAUUCAGAUUGUUUUAUUGUAUAGGUUAUUAAAUAUAUAUGUUAAAACAUGAUUAUUUAGCAAUGUAACUGGUGUGGGUGUACUUUGAAAUAAUUCAACCUUCCUUCUUGCCUUUAUUACCUGUAAACAUCACUAUUCUGACACACUACUGACUGGCCUCCCAAGCUUUAGCUUCCAUAAACCUGAAAUAAUUGAAAACUCUGCGAGGUAAUUGAAAAAUCCCAGCAAGCCCUAGGUUAGCUGCUGGGGAAUCAUCUCCUGGAUUUUUCUCAGGCUUCUUUCCAUAUUCUGCACCGGCCUCGGCCCCCUCCCUCACCUUUAUAAUCUCCUCCAGGCCUACAACCUUCACAAGAUCCAUGCAGCUCCAAUCAUUGCCUCUUGUGCAGCUUUAAUUUUAAUAGUUUCACCACGUUCCUUCAGCUAUGUGAACCCUAAACUAAGGAAGUCUCUACCUAAAUCUUCCUUCUUCUCUACCUCUCUUUCCUCCUUUAGGAUGCUCCAAAAAAAAAUGUAGUUUUGACCAAGCUUUGGUCAUGUACACUGAUUCUUUAAGAUUGUCCAGUGUCAAAUUUCAGUUACUGACCCUCCUUUGAUAUUUUUUGGGACCUUUCCCUGCAGCACACGUGCCUAAUGAUGUUCUAAUAUCCUUCCAAGCCUCUCAAACCUUGCAAUUACAUGACUGUAUACUUGUAUACAAAUGUUAAAUGCACUAGCUUUAAAAUUCUUGAAUGACAGAGACAAGAGUUUCUUCGGACAUAUGAACAUUGGACAUUACACAACAAAACUCUUUCCUGAAGAACAUAUUGC